AUGGAUCUUAGAUUUCGGAAGGCCAAAUUUCACCUUAUUUAUUCAGUGUUCUUUAAAUCCCAUACAGACGGAUCGUAUGUUGGAACUGAUAAUGAAACACCUUCUGUUGCUCCAAAAUUUUUAUCACGAGGUCAUUUGUAUAAAGUAAUUGUCGGAGAAACAAUUGAACUUCCUUGCAAAGUUCAAAAUUUGGGAUCAUUUGUGCUAUUGUGGAGAAAAGGAUCAUCAGUUUUAACAGCCGGCCAUUUAAAAAUAACAAGAGAUGUUAGGUUUAAAAUAGUUGGAGAUUAUAACCUACAAAUUAAUGGCGUAAAGACUCAGGAUGCCGGUGAUUACAUCUGCCAACUGGGAGAUCAAGAAAAUAGAGAUCAAGUUCAUACGGUAGAAAUACUAGUACCACCAACUCUUCGAGCUCUUCCACAUAAUGGACAAGUGACCGCCAGGAAGGGUAGUACUGUUACACUCGAAUGUAAAGCAUCCGGUAAUCCGGUACCAACAAUAUAUUGGUUUAAAAAGGAUAUGUUUUCUGGGCCUACACAUCUGUCAGAUAGCUCCACUUUAAUUUUGGAAAAUGUUGAUAGACAUCAUGCAGGCAUAUAUCAAUGUUCAGCAGAUAAUGGAGUAAAGGAAAGAGUUUCAAUGGAUAUUCAGCUCACAAUAUUAUCGCCACCAGAAAUUACCGUGGAAAAAUCAUGGGUUCAUGCGGCAGAGGGUUAUGACAUUGAGUUGGUAUGCGUCGUUCACGGAGACGUUAAUUCAGAAAUGCUCUGGUAUCAGAACUCCUUUCUACUUGAUCAGACAGACAGGCGUUCCAUGUAUCCAAGAGAAGACAGAUAUAGUCUUAUUAUAAGAAAUUUCCAAUCUUCAGAUUUUGGAAACUACAGUUGUGUUGCUGACAAUGCUCUUGGACGCACUAAAAAGUACAUUGAAGUUUCAGGCCGACCUGGUCCUGCGGAUUUUAUAUCGCCAGCAUUAAGCGGUUCAUUAGACCAUUAUAAUCUUACAUGGACUAUUGAGUCAAUUCCUCCACUUGAAGAAAUAAAGCUUCUAUACAGACGAUUAUUGAUGAACGAAACUUAUCAACAUCCUGGCAAAUGGCAUGAAUAUCAUAUUAAACCUACUGCAGUGCGUACUGACAGUACACAUUAUAUAAUGUCAUAUGUCAUAAAAAAUCUUGAACACAAUGCCGUUUAUGAGGCCAUUGUACAAGCUAGAAACAAAUACGGCUGGAAUGAGAUUAGCGACAUUCAUCAAUUUUAUACUAGGAAUCACGAUUUGCUGCUUGAUCUAGAUAUGGAAUAUAAAAUGGGUAUAUCGAACGGAGCAAAUACUAGAAUAAGUCUAUUAAAGCUUCUCCUUUGUUUCGUAUAUUUUUCUCAAAAUUUAUUAUAUUUUUAAGAUAUUUAAUUAGUAAUGUAAUUUAAAUAUAUAUACAUAUAUUUUACUUUAAUUAUACAAUGUGCCUUACAUUAAGCA